GCCAAAAGUAGCGUGCUGCAUUAAUACGGGGUAACAAUGGUGGGUCGAGCCGCCAUCGCCACAAUGCGAUCGUGAUUGUCGACGGCGGAAAACGUGUCGCCUUGUGGAUAAUCAAUUUAUGAAUGAGCUAGUUUCAACAGCUAUCAGGGUUGACGACGCGUGGUGACUCGAUGCCAAACUCGCCGGGAAGUCUCCGCGGACAAGCAUAAAAGCGAAGCAGCACAAAAACGAUCUUUAUGUUGAUUGUAAUCCACUUCAACUCGUUUUUAAUCAUCUUUGCUUAGGAACUUCGUAAUUUACACUGCGCAAUUUGGCCAAUCACUAACAAUACGUUUGCCUCCGCCUCUUUUCACUUACCCCGCCAAACUUGCCGUCUCCAUCAACAGAUAUCAAAGAUCAACUACCUACACAGGCGCUACAAAAUGUCGACAGUUGCAGAAGCCAAUCAGCAGCACUUCAAUAAAGCCGCCGCGGACUAUGACAACCGAUAUAAAGAGACCCUUGGUCGCAUUGAGAAUGAGCUGCGAGACAAUUUGGACCUCAUUGGUAUUAAGCAGGGUGGCCGUCUUCUAGACUAUGCAUGCGGAACUGGCCUCCUUUCUCGGACGUUCCAGAGCCAUGUUGGCCAAACUGUCGGUAUAGAUAUUUCAGAGAACAUGGUGGAGAUGUUCAAUGCCAAUGCUGCUGCUAAAGGACUUACCAAGGACCAAUGCUAUGCCUACUUUGGAAAUCUUAUCGAUCCAUCCGAUGCCGUUGGACCACCAAGCCUAGCCGGUCCUGAAUUCCAGUCAUUUGAUGUUGCUGGUGUCGGGGCUGGCUUCCAUCACUUUGACGAUACCAUUCUCGCUGCCACGCGACUUGGAGAGCGCCUCAAAUCUGGAGGCACUUUUUUCAUUGUCGACUUCUUACCACAUGCGCCACUUGAUCACGGCCAUGCAGGUCACCACAGUGUGCAGCAUAAUGGGUUCUCAGAGGAUAAUACAAAGGAGCUCUUUGAUAAAGCUGGACUGGGCAAGGACUUUGCUUUCAAGAAGAUGGACACAGUCUUUGAAAUGAAGCGCGGGGAUACUACAAUCACAAGACAUUGCUUCCUUGCUCGCGGAACGAGGAUUUGAGGCCCUCUAUACAGUGCAAGGCUUAAUGUGCCGUCCUUUUUUAAUACUCCAUAAUAGAUUUCUAAGUAGUCUGGAAAAUGGUUUAGUUUCACAUGUUUACCACAAAG